UUUUUCUCUCUAUAAAUUCACACCUUUCUCCCUCACUUCUCAAUUCACAUUCUUCUUCCAUCAAACCAAUCUCUCUCCCUCUCUCUCUCUCUCUCAAGAGUGGUUUUACAGAAAGUUGUGAAAUUUGGAAAUGGAAAGAUUGAACUCAAAGCUGUACUUGCAAAACUGUUACAUAAUGAAAGAAAAUGAGAGGCUAAGGAAGAAAGCGCAGCUUUUGAAUGAAGAGAAUCAGCAACUAUUAUGUGAGUUGAAGAAGAAGCUUUCAAAGAAUGGUGGAAAUACCAAUUUUGACCUUAACCUUAGUUCUGGUUCUGGUCAAAACAAUGCAAGUUCAAGCAAAUGAAAUGUUUGGUUUUUUAUAAGAAGGUUCUUGACUUGACCCCACCAGAUUUUAUUUUUUUUUAAUUCCCUUUUUUGUGUAAAACAAAUGUGGGAAGUAGUAGUUUUAGUUCUUGUCUUUAUUGUUAUAGUUUCUAUUGGAUAAUGGUAGUGUUGUAUUUAGUUUUCUGGGGGGUUUAAAUAUGAAUUUCUGGUUUAUAUGGAUUUAUCAUCAUGAUGUAUC